AUGGCUGCUAAGGUCUUUGACGAGGGUCGCCGUGUUGCCAACCUGCCCGGCUUCAUGGGCAUCGCGCACUUGAGAUAUCCCACCGCCGGAACCUCUUCCGCCUCAGAGGCUCAGCCCUUCUACGUCAACUCCCCCUUCGGCUUGUCCAUGAGCGUCAACGGAAACCUCGUCAACCCCGGAGAGCUUCUCACCUUCCUCGACCACGAGGCCCACCGUCAUGUCAACACCGACUCCGACUCCGAGCUUCUGCUCAACGUCUACGCUUACGCCCUGAACGAGCUGGGUAAGAACCGAGCCAACAUGGACGAUGUCUUCACUGCGUUGCGCGAGGUGUAUGCGCGGUGCCACGGCGCUUUCGCCUGCACCGGAAUGAUCGCCGGCUUCGGUAUUCUCGGUUUCCGCGACGCCAACGGUAUCCGACCCCUUUGCCUCGGCUCCCGUCCCUCCGCCACUUUGAAGGGUGCCAAGGACUACUUCAUGGCCUCCGAGUCCAUCUCCCUGAGACAGCUCGGCUUCAGCGACAUCAUCGACAUCCUCCCCGGACAGGCCGUCUUCAUCGAGAAGGGCGGCGUCCCCCACUUCCGCCAAAUCGUCGAGAGAAAGUCCUACACUCCCGACAUCUUCGAGUACGUCUAUUUCGCUCGCCCAGACACCAAGAUGGACGGAUUGUCAGUACACCGCAGCCGACAGAGCAUGGGUCUGAAGCUGGCCAAGAAGAUGAGGAAGACACUGGGAGAGCAGGCGAUCAAGGAUAUUGACGUCAUUAUCCCUGUUCCGGAGACGAGCAACACGGCAGCCGCCGUUCUGGCCGAGGAGCUGAACAAGCCCUUCUCCAACGCGUUUGUCAAGAACCGUUACGUCUACCGUACCUUCAUUCUUCCCGACCAGAAGAUGCGCCAGAAGGGUAUCCGCCGCAAGCUCUCUCCUAUCACGGACGAGUUCAAGGGCAAGGUCGUGUGCCUUGUCGACGAUUCUCUUGUUCGAGGAAACACCUCCCGCGAGAUUGUCCAAAUGGCGAGAGAGUCGGGAGCCACCAGGGUUCUGUUUGUUUCUUGCUCUCCCGAGAUCACACAUCCCCACAUCCAUGGUAUCGACCUUGCCGACCCGAAAGAACUCAUUGCUCGCGGCAAGACGCCGGAACAAGUAGCCACUCUUAUCGGCGCUGACGAGGUCAUCUACCAAGAUCUCGAGGACCUCAAGGCCGCAUGCUUCGAGGCAGUAGAUGAGGGCAAGAAGAGCGACAUCACAGACUUCGAGGUUGGCGUCUUCUGCGGCCAGUACAAGACCGCAGUGCCCCCCGGCUACGCUGAGCACCUCAGCGAUCUGCACCAGACGGAGAAGGACGCGGCCGCCACGAAUGAACAGGCAAAGGCUUCCAAGAACCUUGUUGCCAACGGUGCUGGCCCGAGCCCGGCCUCGCAAGAGGACCCUAGCAUUCACAACCUCAUCAAGUCCUGA